AUGGCAGAUUUAACAGUAGAAUUUCGACGAAUCGUUACCAAUCUUGACGUGUCAACAACAGAAAAACCGAAACGCACCGAUAUUUUACCGCCUACAAAAAAGAAUUUCCACAAUGUCAAUGACUCAUUUUUAAAAGAAGCUUACGAAAUAGCUUCACACAUAAACAACCUGAAGGCUUUUCUACUUUCAAUUCGCAAAGUGUAUCUGAAUUUAUCGCAUAGCUCUGUAGGAGUAGGUUCUCCUAGAAAAAUGAUGGGCUACAAUGCGACUUCUUUUUCUGACAUCGAAGAGAAGGGGUUUUCGCCGAAGAUAAGCGCGUCUAUUCAAACACUCACAGAUAAAGAACGAGAUGAUAUUGAUUUGCAUGCAAAAGUCAUUAUGCAGAGAUGCAUGGAUAGAAUCAAAAAAUUAGAGGAAGCAGAAGAAGGUGUGGGUGUAAACACUGCACGACAAAAUUCAAUCAUGAAUAAUCCCCUAUUGAAGAUAUUGCCUACCCUUCGUACACCUAACGAGCACGACAUUAUCGCGGCACAUAGGAGUAGCGUGACAUGGUUGUUAAAUAUGCGAUUAAUGCAAGUCUCAAAAAUACAGAAAGAAUUACAGGAAUCUAGAAUUCGUAGAGAGAUUGAGAAGAGAGAAAGAUCGUUACUUAAACCAACAACAAACAAACCAAUGACUCCUCCAUUAGUGUUACGAGAUUCAUCAGAUGAAAAAGAUUCUUCUUCCAAAAAUAAAGAAAACAAUGUUGAUACUAAUGUAAUCACCUCGGAAGAUGAUGAUAUCGAACGAUAUUUGUCAGCUGAACAGAAAAUGAUGUUAGAAAUGGAAAACGAGUCGAUGAUGAAAGAAUUAGAAUCGACACUUGAUCAAGUCAACCAAGCCGAAAAAGCCUUACUCGAAAUUUCUAAUUUGCAAUCUGUCUUAUCAAGUCAUCUUGCGGUACAAACACAACAAACUGAUCGUUUGUAUGCAGAGGCGAUUGCCACUACUGAUAGAGUUCAAGAAGGCAAUUUAAUGCUUGUUAAAGCACGGCAACGAGCGCAAGACGCGCGAAAAGGGAUCUUAAUUUUUUUAAUAUUGGCUAGUUUUAUAUUAUUGUUCUUGGAUUGGUAUGAUUAA